UAUUAUCAAGUGUUUGUUGCCUAAAAACGAUUGCGAUUGCAGGCUACAAAGAACACGCAUUUCAAUACAUUCCGUGUGGUAAAUUAUUUUACACACGUUCGAUUGCGGUUUCUGUAGUUUGGGCGUGUGGACGUUGUUUGUGAUAUCACCAUACCACACCGGAACUAAGCAGUGUUUAACCAUCCGAGCAAUAUCCUUUCCUGCAGCACAGUAAUGGCCAUGCAACAACAUGAAAACGAAGAAAAGAUUAACGUGCGUGAUCGACUGGUGGAUAACGUGCUGGAUCUAAGCUUGAUGAACAUUUCCAAAGUACCGGUUCAAGAAAUCAAACCACUCCGACGGGCUACAGUUUUGGAUCUAUCCAGCAAUCGUAUCUCUAUCAUCGAGAGUAAUUUUACCGACCUCACACAACUGACUCAGAUAGAUCUGUCGAAGAAUCGUAUUACGUCGAUCUGUGAUGAUUUCGGUCUGCUCACCAACUUACGGCGUUUAGAUUUGUACAAGAACCAAAUUACAAAGCUACCGCUUACGCUCGGUCGCCUGAAGAAUCUCAAGUAUCUCGACUUGAAGGAAAAUCCACUUAACCCCGUCUUUAAAAAGUUCAUCGGAACAUGCAGCGACACCAACGACUGCCUAACGGCAGCGACGCGUGCCGUGGAAUUCAUGAAACUGAUCGAACGUCGCGUCGUGGAAGAUCGUGUCAAGGAGCGAAAACUGCGCGGGACAAAACAGCACUUGCAGGAGGAGCAGCUGAAAGAGGAAAUGAAAAUUACUACCGAAGAGGAAAAACCGACUGAUGAGCAAAAGUCUGAAAAAUCCAAACGUAAACGAAAGCACAUUCCCCAGGGUGACGCCAGCAGCGGAGAUGAUCCGAAAUCUAAGCCUAAAUCAGGAAAGAAAGCUAAUCGAGUGGACGGCGAAACAAUGCCAUCAGGCUUUCGACAUUCGUUCCUAUUUUGGCUGUGCAUGUUGGUAACACUGGUCGUUUCGUUUUUGCUAUGCGCGAAAUAUUAUGAUAUGCUGCCCCCGCAAGCUCCUGAAACCAUUCUCGAAGAAUAUAUCAAGUAGCAUCACCAGUGUCCUUCUAAAUAUUGUGCAUCAUUAUUAAUAAACAGUAAGCAUCCUCCGUGAACGGCAGCUCGUUAUUC